CCAGCUAAUUCAGUAAUCCUCUGUGAUACAGGGCCCUGGUGGGAACCUUUUAAAUAUCAAGGGUGAAGAAAUAAGUAGUGAAGUCACCUAAAACUUAGAUUUUUUUUUUUCAAAUUUUUAAAUUAUAAAACUGGUGCUUCAAUGCGAGGGGAACUACCAGUAAAAUCUUGCCCCUGGAUGAAUGUGAUUUUUAAAAAAUUAUUGGCUGAGAUUAAUUUUGUUUGGUGACCUUCAGUUGGUUCUUUGAUUAGAUGAGUGAUCUCUUCAUGUGCUUUGCAGUUUAAAAUGUGACAAACUGAAGUUUCUUUCAUUGUUGCAGUUCUCUCCCCAGCUUGGAAGAAAACUAAUUUUUAGGGAAUUAAUUAAUCAUUUGAUAACCAAAUUAAGUACAGCAGUAACUAAACUGUUUAUAUUUGGUAGGUUCCAAAACUACAGCGCAACACCUAGCAUCUAGUUUGUUUUGCUGCGGCUAGUUUUAGUCUGGUAUUAUUUGGGGCCACUUUUCUUGGCUACAGAUGUGGCGAUUUUACAUCAGGACUUGCAGUCUUAGAGGAUAGCAGGCUAGGUAGCUUAGAAAAUUGUUACAAGAUUGUUACAAAAAGGAACUGUGGAUUUUUCAUUUCUGGUGAGUUGAAGUAGUUUGAGGAAAACUGGAGAUAUAGUAUGUUUGACAUGGUUAUAAUUGGGGUUUUUAUGCUGUGUCCCUUGUGCUGCUUCAUUGGUUUUGUGACUGUGUAACUACUUGUAGGUCUCAAUAAUAGCGCCAGCCUAUCCCUAAUAUGUUACAUUUGUGUGCGCCAGCCUCACUAGUUCUCGUGCUUAAAUCCCCAUUGUGAGUGACUCGAAGAAACCACUUAGUCAUAGUAUUUAAUAUUGCCCCGCGUCCUGUGUGUUACGAAGGCCAUGAUUUUUCUUUCAUGCCUGCUGUUUCAUCCUUCACCACGCGGUGUUACCAAUCAGCUUGGGUCCUGUUCAUUACCUCAGAUGGUUUCCAGUCAGUCCGAGAUGCAAGUUCCUCGUUGAUUUGCUGGCAAAUCACUGAAACCGCAGCAAAAAAAAUUCUACAUGAAGAACUUUGUUUUGUGAUGAAAAGACAAACCAUUACAGUGUGGAAUUAAUUGCAACUCCAUAUGACUUAACUCGUUUUCCCAAUGUCAGUUUUCUGCCAGAUUAAAAGUUCUGAAAGUCGGUGAAAACAAGUGCUUCCAGUUUUGGUGUUUGAGAGCUUGAUUAUAAACGUUCUCGGAAAGUAGUGGCCAGUUGCCUACGCAGGGUACUUUGUGAAUUUCUGAAACGUGCGCUGCAGAAUUAUUACCUGGUAAAAACAAAAACGGCAACGGAGUUUUAUAAAGUGUAUACAAGUAACGAGAUGACCCAGGAAUACACGGUCUCAAUUUACAGUGUAAUUUCUUAAGAAUAAGUAGACUAAGGAUUCUCCAUACAGUGUAAAUGUAUGUAAUUUGACCACAAAUGUAAAGGUGAUCUGUAGAGCCAUCGAGUAAACUUUAAAAAAAAAAAAACAUUUCGUCGUACUUUUGUUUGCAUAAAUAUAUAAUGCAUAAAUACAUGAUCUUGUAAUCAAAACGUGCCAGUAUAGCCACAAAAAAACAGUAUUUUAGUUUUGGACCACUUGACUGGUAUGCGCGAGUGUACUUCAGACCAUUAGGCUACUACUGUCCCUGGUUUCACAACAGCUGAUCGUGCUAGCAGUCUGAGAUCGGUCCGUACGUAGUGUCAUUUCUGCAAACGAAGUUAACAGUUCACACAAACUAGCUAGUUAGCUAGCUGGCAAGUAAUUCAGUUUUUGUGAACUGUGUUUGACGAUUUCUUGUAGCAGCGAUGAUUGCAGUAACGAUGCCGACAUGCGAACGAGCGCAAGUAAAGUUGCAUCACAGCUUGGGUAAACCAGAACGGGUGCACCUGUCGCCGGCCAAACCUGAGUGGUACUGCCGUAAGUGCAUUCAGGAACAGUAGUAGACACACAAGGCAUCUUUUACAUUGAUACGGCAAAUGGUCCAAAACAAACUAAAAUUAUUUUUGUUGGCUAUACUGGCACGUUUUCAUCGCAAGUUAUAUGAUUGUGCAAACAAAUAAACCUACGUCGAAGUUUUUGUUUGAUUUGUUAGCUACUAUUGUUAUUAAUUAGAUUUAUCAGCGUCUUUGUUGCACAACUGUCAAGUGGUGAUUCUCAGCUCUCAUUAAGUCAAUGUUAUUUGUCUAACAAAGAUAAUGACUGACAGAGUGAGCUGGGAAUAUCACAUAAUUCAUGGUUAGUAGCUCAGCAGACCUGAAUCUAAUUUGAACUACCGAACCUUUCUGGGAAAAACAAUGCAAGAAUUGCUUACGUCAUAAGACAACAAUUAUUAGCGCAAGGCUGCAAAAAGUUUAGUUUUGUGACGACACAGAGUAUCACAGACAUACUGGGUACAUUACACUGAAUAUAUAUUUUGCUACCAGUUCAUACUUGUUCACAACCCUAUCGUUGACUGAGACUGAGCACGACCCGUGAAAUCACUGAUAAAAAAUGCGCGUGCUUUCACUGUUGUGCUUCUGUCCGGUAAGAUCAGAAUCUUGCAGUUUAUGUAAUGAGGGAAAUUGUCCUGUCGUAUUUUAGCAUAGUUUGUUAACUCCAAGUUAAUUUAAAAUUCGUUUGUAUUUAUUUAAUGGCAUGAAACAGACCUUGGAUAAAUAUAGUGCUAAAUAUGUUUUGUUAAAAUAAAAGUAAUCAUUAUUUUGAAACAAAUACAUUGGGAAAUUACUUGUACAUUUGUCAAGAAACCAGAUAUCAGUGCAUUUUCAUUUCUUAAAUGUUUGGGCCCAGGUAUUGGACGAUAAAGAAGCAGAGAAGAAGAAGCAGAAAAAGAAGAAGAAAUGGCAAUGGAAGAGGGGAAAGAAGGCCAAGACAGCCAACGCCGAGGAACAGUCAGGCCUCCCAGCCAAGGCUGAGGAACAGCCAGGCCUCACAGCCGAGGCUGGGGAACAGCCGGGCCUCACAGCCGAGGCUGAGGAACAGCCGGGCCUCGCAGCCGAGGCUGGGGAACAGCCGGGCCUCGCAGCCGAGGCUGAGGAACAGCCGGGCCUCGCAGCCGAGGCUGAGGAACAGCCGGGCCUCGCAGCCGAGGCUGAGGAACAGCCGGGCCUCACAGCCGAGGCUGAGGAACAGCCGGGCCUCACAGCCGAGGCUGAGGAACAGCCGGGCCUCACAGCCGAGGCUGGGGAACAGCCGGGCCUCACAACCGAGGCUGAGGAACAGCCGGGCCUCACAGCCGAGGCUGAGGAACAGCCGGGCCUCACAACCGAGGCUGAGGCACAGCCUGGCCUCCCAGCCAAUGGCGAAGAACAGGAGAGCCUGACAACCACCUGCAUCAAGCUGUUGCUUCUGACGACCAACUGUGAGGAAGACCAGGCUAUGACAACUAGCUACAUCAGGGAGCUGUCCCUGACGACCGACAGUACAGAACAGUCGGCCCUCAGCGACGGCAAAGAACAGCCAACUCUCAGCAUCUGCGCUGAACAAACACACAACUGCGCAGAGCUCACGGGCACGUCCAGCAACCUGAUGCUGUCACACCCUCCCUCCAUCCUCCCAUCAGCCCCUGCUGCGGCUCGGGAGUCUGCUGGAAGCGCUCUUUCCAGGGCUGAGGUGAAGGGAACGGGGUGGUUCGGUGGAAUCCGCAACAGCCUCCGAAGAAAGUUUGCGGAGGAGCGCAUCAGUGAGGACGAGACGCAGAGCGAGAGGCUGGUGCACACCUUCCUUGGGUUGCCAAACCUGAGGAACACCUGCUACCUGAACGCAACUCUCCAGAGCCUGUUCAAUCUAAAAGGCUUCAUGGAGGAUGUGAAGAGAGAGCAGAGCUCACACUUGCUGAAGUGUGUAGCAGAGCUGCAUGCGGCACGCCGCUGCAGCAGCAGCAGCAAUAAAAAGGUUGAUCUUUUGAAGACUUUGAAAAAUUCAGUCUCCCAGUACUGCAUGGACUUCUGUGGGCAUGAACAACAGGAUGCUCAUGAGUUCCUGAGCGUUCUGAUGUCUCAAAUGAAAGAGGAGGGCUUUCUGCUCAACAUGGCCAACGGGCUCCCUUACACCUGCCCAGUUGAGGCCAACUUUGAAUUCGACCUCCUGUCCCGCAGAACAUGCCUCAGCUGCGGGGAGACAGUACGCAAAGUGGAGUCCUAUAACUCCCUGUCUGUGGACCUGGUCCCAGGCGGCUCCGUACAGGACAGCCUGGCACUCUACUUUAAGGUGAGUGUACGUCUGGACCACCAUCACUGA